UUUUUCUCUAAAGGGCAAUAGGAAGCAUUUGAAAAGUAUUGGGUUUGCUAUAAAUGAAAAUUAUUUUGUGCAAAUAUAUCUGCUAACUGAGAAUACACCAAGCUGCAAGUGAAUUAGACAUCGAGAAGACGGUGGUGGCAAGAGAAGCAAAGAUUGGAAAGAUUUGCCAUUUUCGUUUGAUUUGCAAUUUUAAAACGAUAUAGGCUCUAGGAGCGUCAAAUAAAUUUUGGAUUUCCUACUUCAAUAUAUAUUACCAAUGAGCAAUUAUCGUCAUCACAGCGGUGGUGGAUAUUGCGGCAUAGAAAUACGCGACAUGCAUCCUAGAAUAUCUCAGAAUUUCACAUACGUUAGUUCAUGUGUUAAAUAUAUGAUAUUCAUGUUGAAUUUCAUUUUCUGGCUGUUCGGUGGCCUACUGUUGGGUAUCGGCCUUUAUGCUUUCAUGGACAAAUGGGAAUCCACUGGUUGGGUACGUUUAGAGACCGUGUACGAUGUAAUCUUGAAUAUAUCUCUAGUCAUGAUGAUUGCGGGCAUUGUCAUAUUUGUGGUCAGUUUUGCUGGCUGUUUAGGUGCGUUGCGCGAGAAUACUUGCCUCUUAAAGUUUUAUUCGAUGUGCUUACUGCUGUUUUUUUUAUUGGAAAUGGCUAUUGCCAUAAUGGGCUUUGUAUUUCCCCAAAAUAUGAAUUCAUUCUUGGAAGACAAAUUCACCGACAAGAUCAUACAUUCGUAUCGCGAUGAUCCCGACUUGCAGAAUUUCAUUGAUUUCGCCCAAAAAGAAUUUAAAUGCUGCGGCCUAAGUAAUGUGGGCUAUCAGGAUUGGAGUAAAAACGAAUACUUUAAUUGCUCCUCACCGUCUGUGGAAAAAUGUGGUGUGCCUUAUAGCUGCUGCAUAAAUGCUACUGACAUUAGCUCCGGCUUAGUAAACAUUAUGUGCGGAUAUGGCGUGCAAGAGCAUUCAGUCGCUGCCGCUAGCAAGCGAAUAUGGACAAGCGGUUGCAUUGAAAUUGUGCGCGUUUGGGCUGAACGUAAUUUAUAUGCCAUAGCAGGUAUAGCGUUAGGUAUUGCUCUCAUCCAGUUGUUCGUCAUUUAUUUGGCCAAAACACUCGAAGGCCAGAUAGAGCUGCAAAAAUCCCGCUGGUCAGCGUGAAGGGGAUGAAAGCAUUAAAUCUUAAAUCUCCUUAACUUAGAAUCUCGUCAAUGUGAAAUGUGUUUUAGUGGUUAGGUUUUCACCAAUCUAUUGGUAUUUUUGAUAUGGGUAUUUAAAUCGUUAAGUAAGCAAUGAUUGGCAUUAACCCUCGUACAUUAAACCGUACAAAAUUGCCAAAGAAUUUGAGCAUUUUUUGUUUUGUUGCACAAAUUAUAUUUUAAAUAUGGUUUUUCAAGAGAGAUUUUUUAGUCUUACGAAUAGAAAGUUUAGGAUACUCUUAGAAAAUAACAAUCGAAAAUGAUGUAAACAUUUAUUUUUCAUG